UCACUCACUCUCCAGUGAUUUCUCCGCUGCGCGCGCAGCCACAGGUGGUGCUCUCUGUCGCGCGCGUGCCACCCUACAGCAGACGAGAGCCUGACACAGAAGGGAUUAAGAGCCUCAUCACAGCGUGUUCGUCGCUGCCGCUGCUCCCACACUUCCACGGAGGAAAGUGACUCUGUGUCUUGUUUUUGUCCUCGUGCUGCGAGUCAGAGCAGAGCCUGGACCUGUUGCUGUCUCGAGGACAGAAGACUGCAGAUUGGAGCAGGUGGAGAAGACACCUGAACUCUCGCUGCGCUCACCGUGGGCUUGGACAAGUGACUGCUGACCCGAUCACUCGAUGGCGCUGGCGGUGAACCUGAUCGGUCCUUCCCCAUGGGGCUUCAGAAUAUUUGGUGGACGGGACUUUAAGAAGGCCAUCACUGUAUCAAAGGUCAACGGGGGCAGCAAGGCGGCACAGGCCGACCUGCAGCCCGGUGACAUCAUCCUGCAGAUCAACGGGGAAAACACGACGGACAUGCUGAACGCCGAGGCGCAACACAAGAUCAAGAACUCCAAGACCCAGCUGCAGCUGAUGGUGGACAGACCUGAUCCCUGCAGCCCCAGACAAACCAACGGCAUCAGCAGCCCUGAACAACUCACUGGACGCUUCCAGGAGUCGGUAAAAGUGAGUCGAGAUGAGAACCAGAACUACAGAGAGUACACCAUCUCCAGCCCCGCGUCACUCUCUCCUGGGCCUUAUUCACCCGAUCCUCCAGCCAGUCCUAACGGGAAGAGGCUGACACCCGUCUCCAACAAGAGUGUCCAACUGCGCUCAUGGUCACCAGAGGAGAAGACUCUCAGUCUGUCCAGGCCUUUGUCACAGGAUUUCUCCCCCUCAGACUACAGGAGUAACUCCGUGUCCAGCAGAACCCCGACCCCACCGGGACGUUACUCGCCCCUCAGUCCCAUCGAUCGGGACAUACCCAUGUCUCCCCGACGCAGCAGUUCGAGCUCUGACUUUGCCAUGCAGAGGUUCGACACAGACUCAGAGGUUUACAAGAUGAUCCAGGAGAACAGGGAGUCCCGCACGGCACCUCGUCAGUCCAACACCUUCAAAAUGCUGCAGGAGUGUCUGGAGGCCGACGAGCAAGAGGCAGCUGUGCGGUUCCCCACUAAGUUUUCGCCCAACGUCCCCAAAGUGACGCCAGCGGUGGCCGGAGUGUCUAAAUACCACACCUGUGAGAAGUGUGGCACCAACAUUGUCACGCAGGCCGUGCGCAUCUCCGACGACCGCUUCCGCCACCCCGAGUGCUACACCUGCUCGGACUGCGGCCUCAACCUCAGGAUGCGAGGUCACUUCUGGGUGGGCGAGGUCAUGUACUGUGAGAAGCACGCCAAACAGAGGUACCCGGGCCCCGGCACGGCUCCACACGCCACCGUGUCCCCGCGCCAGUGAGUCCGUCUGCCACUCCACGUCCACCUGUUCCACGUCACGAGCAGAUCCCCGCUCGUCUGCCUGAACCUCCGCCGUCCGCCUCGCCUGACCUCGCUCACAGAGGUGGACGCUGCGGGGUUUCUUUUCCUCCCCAUAAUAUAUCCAAAUAUUUUUGCAGUAUCAUGAUUUACACACUUUUCUUACUUUAGAAUCUAACCUCCGAGGUUAAUCGUAGCUCUAAUGACGCACGGCUGCCGUGACUGAGGCCACGACGACACAUUUACAUAACAACACGUCUUCAGACGGACUUGGCAGGAGCGUCGUUUCAGACCUGGUAUUAACGUCCGUCCUGAUCUGAUCUCAUGUGUUCACACCGGUGUCCACAUGAGAUCAGAUCUGGCUCCUUUUUCUCUCCGGUUGUCAAAUAACUCACUGACGAGAAUUACAUUUUUGCGAUUCUGACUGUGCCGAGUGUCGGAGAGUGAGGAAAAGUCGCCGCUGUGACAUUAAAUAAGAGUAAAAAUCAAAUAACGCCUGUAAUUAUUGCCGCGUGUGAUCAGAUGAUCUGAGGUGGAUGUUCGUACCAGGUCUGAACCCCGGGUUUUCCUGACUCUGAGGAUCUGGACCGACCGUGAUUUUGAAAAAUCUCACUCUCGUUGCUUGCAAAUUAAAAAAAUAAAUAAAAUUUAAAAAAAGC